CCAAAACCCAGAUAUAGAGAGAGUGUGAACUUGACUAAAGCCAAAAUAAUGACUCACUUGCAAGCGGGCCUGAGCUCCGAGACCACAGAGAAAGCUCGUCAGGAGCUCAACGAGAACCCUGACACCCUCCAUGCGGACAUCCAGCAGGUGCGCGACAUGAUCGUGACGCGGCCCGACAUCGGCUUUCUGCGCACCGAUGACGACUUCAUCCUGAGGUUUCUGCGGGCGCGCAAGUUCAACCAGGCAGAGACCUUCCGGCUCCUGGCCCAGUAUUUUCAAUUCCGCCAGCAGAACCUGGACAUGUUCCAGAGCUUCAAGGUUGACGACCCGGGAAUCAAGAGGGCUCUGAUGGACGGCUUCCCAGGUGUCUUGGAGACUCCGGAUCAGCAUGGCAGGAAGAUACUCAUCCUAUUUGCUUCCAACUGGGACCAGGGAAGGAGCUCUUUCACAGACAUCCUCCGAGCCAUCCUCCUCUCCCUGGAYGUUCUCAUAGAGAACCAAGAACUCCAGAUCAACGGCUUCAUCUUGAUCAUCGACUGGAGUAACUUCUCCUUCAAGCAGGCAUCCAAGCUCACGCCCAACAUUCUCAAACUGGCAAUCGAAGGCCUGCAGGUAGGCGUGACCAGGGUUGUGUUCAGUAUACAUUAAACAGAACAAAACGGUCUGAAACAGAGUGAGGCGCUACAGUAUCUGAACAUGUCCAAUAAGAAAUGCUAAAUUUCAUGUUGCUAUGGUGUGCCCUAAUGAUCACCACCCAGCACUGACUGGGUUGAAUCGACCCAAAGCAGAUAAAUGUAGCUAAGUAAUCAGCAUUAAGGUGAAUUAGAUCAUGGUUGCAUUGUGAAGUUGGAUUGUACUCUCUUACCUCUAUAAUUGGUUAGCUGUAGAGAGAAAAUGUGGAAAGUGAUGGGUAUCAUCAGCACCUAUUGUCCUGAUCAUAUAAGUGCCUGUUCUGAAUGUUGAAAUGAAGAUGGAUUUUAUGGUUUAAUGUGUCUCUAUGCUCUGGUCUGAAUAUUCAACCCAAGUCUAUUCUACUGGAUUUUUGGACAAUUGCAAUUUGACAC